AUUAUGAUGGUGAUGAGGGCAACACACCUUUCCACGCCAGGAAAGAGGAAGACGCACAGCAGCAGCUCUUCCUUUAUUUGUGUCGGUGUGAUCUCAGUGUGAGCUGCUCUCCUCCUCCUCUCCUCUCUUGUCCUGUCCUGUCUGUCUCUGUCUGUCUGUCUGUCCAUCCAUGCCCGCUGUGUGAACCUGCUCUGUCCGGGAUAUUCUGCUGUUUCACCGGAUCCCACCGCUGUGGAAUGAGUUUUAUCAGCAGCUGGAGACGAAGCGUGAAGAAAAAUGACAGCAAAAAGGAUGCCCAGAAGGCACAAGACGUCCCUGACAGCCCAGACUCCCCGAGCCGGUUGUCAGUCAUAAACAGUCCAGACCUGGAUCCCAUCAUCACAGACUUCAGGUUACAGCUGCCAGACAACAAAGAUGGUCUGCAAUCGACAAAUCCAUCUAAUGGGUGCUCGCGGUCAGACCUGUCCCUGGCACUGGAAGACUGUAUGGCCGCCUUGGACCUGUUUCUCAGAAAUGACUUUGAGGAGGCGCAGACCCAGCUCAGAUGCAGAACCAAAGACAGCAUGUACCACGCUCUGACCUACGCCACUAUCCUAGAGAUGCAGGCCAUGAUGACCUUUGACCCUCAACACAUCCUGGCUGCAGGAAACACCAUGAAGGAGGCCCAGGCUAUCUGUCAGAGACACCGCAAGAAGUCGAGCUUCUCCAAAAACUUCACAGAAGAGGAACUCCAUGCUGAAGUCUGCUACGCCGAGUGUCUCCUGCAGAGGGCAGCACUCACCUUCCUACAGGAUGAAAAUAUGAUCAGUUUCAUUAAAGGGGGAAUCAAAGUGAGGAACAGCUAUCAGACGUACAAAGAGCUUCACACAGUCCUGCAGUCUGCUGGAUACACUCAUGGCGACAACCAUGGCCAUUUUGAGGGUGGUGUUAAAUUAGGUGUAGGAGCCUUUAAUCUAAUGAUUUCCAUGUUGCCCACGCGGACGCUCAAGCUGCUCGAGUUUGUUGGUUUCUCUGGCAAUAAGGAGUUUGGUCUCCAGCAGCUUCAGGAGGGCUCUGCAGAAAGCACAUUCAGGUCCUUCCUUUGUAACAUGCUGCUUCUCUGUUACCAUACCUUCAUGAGCUUCAUACUAGGCACCGGAGAGGGAGACGUUGAAGAUGCUGAGAAACUGCUGCAGCCAUAUCUCAAAAAAUACCCCAAGGGAUCCAUCUUCUUGUUCUUCGCUGGUCGAAUAGAAGAGAUCAAAGGCAACCUGGAUGCUGCUAUCAAGCGUUUCGAGGAGUGCUGUGAGGCUCAGCAGCAGUGGAAGCAGUUCCACCACAUGUGCUACUGGGAGCUGAUGUGGUGUUUCACGUACAAGAGGCACUGGAAGAUGGCUUACUUCUACGCGGACCUGCUCAGCAAGGAGAACUCGUGGUCCAAGGCCACCUAUGCGUAUAUGAAAGCAGCCUACCUCAGCAUGCUGACUAAGGAUGAUUGCCUAACCUUCGGGGAGACUGAGCUCACUCUGUUCAGGCAGGUCCCAGCGCUGAAGCAGAAAAUAGCUGGCAAGUCUUUACCCACUGAGAAGUUUGCUAUCAGAAAAGCCCGACGCUACCUCGCAGAAAACCCAAUUCCUCUUCCUGCUCCUCCACUGGAGAUGAUGUACAUAUGGAACGGCUAUACAGUCAUCGGCAAACACAGAGACCUGACGGAGGGCAUGCUGAAAACAUUGGAUGAAGCACAGGCUAAACUUGAGAGCAGCGCAAGGACGGAGUUUUCCACAGAUGAUCAGUGUCUGCUGAGCCUACUGAAGGGACUGUGCCUCAAACACCUGGGGCACCAAGAGGAGGCCGAACACUACUUUACCCUCGUCCUCUGCAAUGAGACUCAGAUCAAGUAUGACCACUACCUGGUUCCUAAUGCCCUGCUGGAGCACGGUCUGCUGUGUCUGGAGCAAGGCAGAAAAGAUGAAGCUAUCAAACUCCUAGAAGCAGCAAAGCAAAAUUACAAAAACUACUCAAUGGAAUCACGGACUCACUUCCGUAUUCAGGCUGCUCUGCACAAGGCCAAGGGCACUGGGGAGAACGGCAUCCAUGUUCCCUCCAGCCCGUAGCAGACAGAGGAGGGCACACUAGAGCAGAGACAGCUCUCUGUUUCUGCAGUCCCACAAUGCAACGCUCAGCCCCGCCCUGCCCCGCCCCGCCCAUUCAGGCGGGUGGUUUGUGUUUUUUUUUUUUUCAUCAAGUGGACAGAGGAAGAGAGAUGCUUAUUUUUCUUGUGUGUGCCACUUUCAUGGGCAACUGCAGCUCUAUGUGGCCCUGACAGGCUUAGGCGGGUGUACCACGCCCUCCUCCAAAGAUAUAUUAUGAUGAAAUUCAUUUCCUCAUGUGAUUUGAAAUAGAGACCAGUUCAGAAAAUGUGCCUAUAUUUAAGAAACAUUGCUUCUAGCAGGCUUAUUUGUCUAGCACCUUGGCCACCCAUAAGGGGCGCACUAGGGUAGAAAACAAGACAACAUUUAUAUAGUACAUACCGCAGAGGGCCUCCACUACUACCCCAGGAUAAAAAUGUGCCCAGUUUAGGGCACUGGGGUUGGACCUCAUGGAGCCAGAGAACCAAACAGUCCACUAUAAAUUACCAACACUAACUCCACUCGGCCAGCAGCACCAUUUGGCUUUGGUUGUCACAAAGUACUCCCACUUCUUUUAAUUUAAUGUUACUGAUUAUUGAUAAAAAUGAGUAGAGAUGACACAUCAUUAUGUGUUUGACACCUGUUAUAUAUCCUAUCAUGCAACUCACCACAUAUUCCAUGAGAACUAUGAGACUGUUUGUACUGAAACAUCUGAUAAAUUUUUGUUGACCGAUUUCACCUUUGCUCAGAUUUUUGUUCACCACUAUGACCAAAUUAGAUUCUGAAUGCUGGGUCCACUAUUUUCGACACUAUACUAGGUUCAUAGUGUUUCUCAGAGCGAGAGAACAUCAUAUUGUUUAUUUCAAGUUUUCUUCCUUUCCUUGAAACCUGCUGAAACACUGAAAGACAAAAACAUAUUCGCGUGGACUAUUUUCUUUCAGCCUCCUCCUGACAAACUGAUCAAAUCCACAGUCCUGUUGUAUUUAUAUUUAUGUGUAAUGGCUCUUGCACAAAGCUUUGUAAAUCAGCCCACCAUGCAAACUCUCCAUAGUCAAAAAAAAAGCCUAUCAGACUUGCAGUGAGAGUUGUUCUUUACAUUUAUACAUUGUAAAUGGCACCUUUUACACAAAUUGUCCCGUUUUAAGAGGACAGAUGAAUGUGUCUUUUAGAAAGGCAGACUCCCUCCUUUUCUCCUCCUGGUGUGUGGGACGGGCUCCAACAGUACUUGAGCUUGAACAAACAGGCCAUUCACGCCAAGCAGCAAAGGACUGCGUGCUUGUCUGCCUGUUGCAUCUUUAGUGGGUGAAGAAGCUCUGAAUGGCAACCACCACAGUCUUCCUGCUUUGUGAACAUCCUCUGCUGCUCAUGUAUCAGCCAUGCUUGACUACAACCACCUAUUAGAAAGACUUGACCAUCGUAACCACAAUCCUGUGUAAAAUAAUAAUCUGUACAUGAACAAAUACUUGUAAUGAUUGAAAUGAUAAGACAGAAAGGGGUCACCUCUAAUUGUGGUCAGGUGAUUUGAAGGGCUGUGUCCCAGCAACGGUGUCCAAAACCUAGAAGCUCAGAUGGUGUCUCAAGUGUUGGAAUUAGAGCACUGCUGAUUUAUUCAUGAUUAGAGCAAGGUUUGGGAUUCAAGAUGAUGACUAGGAGUCAGUUUCAAUAUUUUUAAUGGUGGGGGAAAUGUAUUCUUAUUACUGAUUUAACAGCAGUCACUCUCUGUAAUAUUCCAAUAACAAAUCAUAUCUUAUUUCAUAAUAAUUAAUCAAGCUUGUUUUUUCCCCUUUGUUUUACUUAUGUAGCUGAAAGAAAAACUCUAACCAAAUUUAGUGGCAUUGUGAUGUUGACAAUCAGCAUAUUAUACUGGGCACGGCUACCACUGAGCAGAAUGACAUUCCUGUACAUACUGAAUGUUUCUACUGUAAUUUAAGAAGAAAUGAUGAUAAGCAACUAAAAAACACAUCCUA